AUUGUGGUCCCCGCCCCCAACCUUUGUGUCGGGGGAGCUAAAGAACGAGCGGCCUGUUGCAAGCCAAUCAGAACGCGGCAUGCAAAUGAGCAAGCGGGCCGACUUGGGGCGACCCCAGAGCACAGUGUCGCCACCCUCCAGCGACGCUUGGACUCUGCACAGAGAGGAAUCCACGGCUGCACUGCAGAACUGAAGAGAGAGGAGGCGGGUAGCAGGACUAGUCACCCACAUCAUGACCAGCUGCCGCCGCCACUCAGGAUACUUGGCGGAUGACGAGGCUGGCCACACCACGUACCUGGCUCGGGUGCAGCCACCUAAGAAGCCAGCAUUCCCGGAAAUGGGGCAAGCUUCCAAGCUGGGCCACAUGCCACACCCACCAUCAAAGUACAGCCCCAGCUCAGGGCUCCAUAGCCACUACCGAAACUCAAGGGACCCCCGGCCCUUUGGUAGCUUCCUGGAUUUCCUUGUCAAGGGCCAGGUGUUGGACAGCCUACAGACGGUGGUGGAAAAGGCAACUGAGCGCAUAGCCACCAUGAAGACAGAGGCCGGGGUGCCGUUGGUGGAGGUGCAGGACCCAGUGGAGGUGCUAAGGGGUGGGCGGCGGGUACAUGCCCGGCCCAGCCUCAGUACCAUGCACCGGCACCGUGUCCGGCCUAGUCUCUGCAUUGGGAACCCCAACAACUACCCAUCCUGCUCCAGCUCCAUGUCCGAUUCUCAUAGCAAUUUCACAGCUGACUGGCAGGGCUCCCACAGCCGGGACAGCGACCUGGGCUACCACGGCUUGGGCCCGCUGCCACCCAUGAGAGACAAACUCCUGCAGGAGAAGAGCCUCAAACGACUGUUGCGGCUAGAGAACAAAGGGAAAUGCCUGGGGCAGUCCUGCUCACAGGGGGACUCCCUGCUGUGGGACUCAAUGGGCAGCCAAUCCAGCAGCAAGUGGACCCAGGAGCAUCCCCUUUCGGGGUUCUCAGGCCUGCUGGGCUCAAGCUUGGGCACUCAUGAAGCGUCAGAGCUGGGGCCUGGAGAGCGGGAGCUGAUCUUCCUUAAGCGGGAGUUCAACAAAGAAAUCAAGUCCUUGCUGAGCCAGCCGGCAUCCUUCGACCUGCCUGGCUACUGUUCAUUCCAAGAGCCCCAUCGGACCCUGGACUUCCUGGCUGAGCACCACCUCUUCCCUGCCCUCCAGAGAGUGGUCAGCCAAGCUGUGGACAAACUCAGUGGUGCCCGCCGCCAAAAUGGCUGCCCUCUCUUUCCAUCAGAAUGGGAGCCCACCACAAAGCCAAACUCCAACUCCAACUCCAACUCCAACUCGGAAGUCACACCUGGCUCUAAGUGGGCCACAACCACUGAAGGGGAGGAGCACUAUGAUUAUUCACACUCUACUACUGCCUCCAGCCUCAAGAUGGUUCACCAAGAGAGCACCAAUUCCAGAGGAUGGGACAAGCCAAAGGAAGAUGGUUCUCCCAUGUCUAGUGCUCAAGGGACCACCAGAUUCAGGCUCAAGGUGACAUCUAUAGAAGAGCCCAAAAUCCCCUCACCCCACCCCAGGCAGGAGGUACCCAACCAGGACCCCAAAGUACAGAGACCACCCAUGUCCACUUCUGGGCCCCUGAGCUCCAACCAGAGGGCCCGGCCCUGGCGGAGCCUACACCUCACGCUGCCUUUCCCUGGGAUCAAGGUGGAAGUGCCCUCAAGCCAGACCCACCUUACCCAGGUCACAGCCCCACAUGCCUCCCUGCCUCUCUCCUCCCACCACCCCUCUAUGUUCUUACCACUCACCUCCUUGGUAAGAAGCUUCUCCCCACGCCUCACUUCACUAUAUCUGGAGCUCACCUCCUCAAAGGGGCAGGGACUGAGGGAUUUAGGGGCGGGUUUGCAGGGGAAGGGCCCCUUCAGCCACCAUUCCUAGUGGUCACU